AUGAGUUGGCGUGACACGUGUCGAACUCUCACAAUCGGUGGGCUCCUCAAAGCAUUUCCCUCUUUCUCCUCUUGGCUUGAGGAGUUGCACAGUCUCCCUCUCGUCUCUCUCUCUCUUCCUUUUUUUUUUUUUCUUCUUCUAAUACGUUUUUUUUUUUGGGUUCAAAAUCUUUUGUUUGAAUAUUUUUUCUUGAUGGAGUUGGAGCCAAUAUCGAGCUGUUGUUCUACCUCGUCGUCUGGCGAAGACGCGGCGGCGAACAUGACGGAGCUGGAGGCGGCAGAGGCAUUGGCGGAUUUGGCGCAGCUUGCGGUAAUGCGAGAGCAGGUUUUCGAAUCCGCGGCGAGCUGGGGAAGCAAAGGGAAACGAGUUAGGAAGCGAGUCAAGACCGAGUCUCCUCCGGCUGACUCGGAAACGUUACCUACUCCGGAUCUAGCUGAGGAACGGGCAGUGAAGGAAGAAGGAGCAGAACCGAUUAGUAGGGAAGUAACUGAAGUUCCGGUUAAAACUGAAACGAAUGGUGAAACACCUAAACCAAAUCUUGCUUCGACACUAAGGUGUAAUAGACCAAGUGGCUGUGGCCGAUCCAGGCAGAAUUUAAGUGAGGCUGAAAGAGAAGAGCGUAGAAUCAGAAGAAUACUAGCUAACAGAGAAUCCGCUAGGCAGACUAUUCGACGAAGACAGGCAAUGUGUGAGGAGUUGAGUAAAAAAGCAGCUGAUCUAGCAUAUGAGAACGAGAAUCUGAGAAGAGAAACAGAUUGGGCCUUGAAAGAGUUUCAGUCUUUGGAGACGAUUAACAAGCAUUUAAAAGAACAGGUAGCGAAGUCAGUAAAACCAGAGACAAAAGAACCUGAAGAGUCCCCCAAGCCAUCACAAGUUGAGAUGUCUACAUCAUCUACUACUCCCUUUUACUUCUACAACCAGAAUCCUUACCAGCUUUUCUGCUGGCCUCAUGUUACACAACCAUCAAACCCCAUGGUGUCACCACUCGAAAGCCAAAACGGUUUCACAGCACCUUUCACCACUAGCGAAGGAGCUUCUGCCAAAGCCAUGACCACGCAGGAGAAUGGAAACCCUGGUGGUGUUGAUAAUGGGCAGAAAACACAUUUCUACGUCGUGCCAUGCCCUUGGUUUCUCCCUGCUCCUACUGAUCAAAGCAAUGGCGUCCCCUUUACGUUUGAAGAACCACAAAGAGUCGUUUCUUCAAACGGGCACCAUACCGAUGAUUCUUCAACAAAACCAGUUGAGGUCACGAAAACUCUGACUAGCAUCAAAGAAGAGAACUCUGGUUCAACCGAGACACGACCUUUGUAUGAUCUCAACGAAUCAGCAGCCGAAGUCCUCUCAGAAGAGGGAGAUGGUUUUCCCGUAACAACGCAACAACAAGCUUUUAGUUUCAAGCGUGAAGAUGUCUCUGACUCGCCUAAUGGAGUCACUCCGCCUGGCCACCGUGUUUUGAUGUCUCUGCCUGGGAAGAAGCAAGGCUCCUUGGCUGCAGCGGAAGCUAGAAAGAGAAGGAAAGAACUCACUAAGCUCAAGAACCUCCACGGCCGUCAAUGUCGGAUGCAAGUAUGACAACAUUACAAUAUAGAUUCAUCCUUUUUAACCAGUUGCAUUACCACUAAAGGUACUACUACUUCCCUUUGUUUUUGUCCGGGGCAUUUUCCAAUUGUUUCGGCUUUUCUUUAUUUUAAACACCGACGUCACACUGAUCCAACAAACAAAAUUGGAUUACUAUUAUUAUUACACACAAGGUUAGUAGUGUUUUCAAGAGUUUUGUUUUUCACAAAAUGUUGUUGGACCAUUGUAAGAUUCUGUUUGCUUCUCAGUGGAAGUUUUGUAUUAACAUGUUUUCAGGGCUUUUGUUCCCUUUUUAGAA